AAUGUCUUGCGCCAUUGUUGAAAAAACCCUUUAUCUCAUUCUAUCAGAUGACCCAAAUUUGAAAUUGCAGGGUGCUAAGGAUAUUCGCCGGCUAACUAAAAGUUCUUUGCGUUACCGGCGUCAUUUUUCCGACGCUGUUAAACCCCUUGUUGAUAUGCUUCGUAAUUCGCCGUCAGUUGAAUAUAAUGAAGCUGCUCUUCUUGCGUUACUCAAUCUCUCCGUUAAAGAUGAAGGAAACAAGAAAAGUAUCAUAGAUGCUGGUGCCUUAGAACCCAUCAUUGGCUUUCUUCAAUCAGAGAAUGCAAAUUUACAAGAGCAUGCAACUGCUUCAUUACUCACAUUAUCAGCAUCUUCUGUCACAAAACCGAUCCUUAGUUCUUUUGGUGUCAUCCCUCUACUCGUGGAUAUUCUAAGACGCGGUAGUCCACAAGCCAAGGUUGAUUCUAUAAUCACUUUAUACAAUCUUUCAACUUCUCAAGGCAAUCUAACAUUGAUCCUUCAAACAGAACCAAUUCCUUCUAUAGUUACUCUACUUAAAUCCUGUAAAAAGUCCUCAAAAACCACUGAAAAAUGUACUGCUCUCCUAGAAUCUUUAAUGUCUUAUGACGAGUGUAGGAAAGCGUUGACAUCUGAAGAAGGGGGGAUACUUGCAAUAGUGGAAGUCCUUGAAAUCGGAUCUUUACAAAGCCGAGAACAUGCUUUAGGAGCUCUGUUGACAAUGUGUCAAAGUGAUAGAUGUAAAUACCGGGAACUAAUUCUCAGAGAAGGUGUAGUUCCUGGACUUCUUGAGCUGACUGUUAAAGGGACAACUAAGUCUAAAGAGAAAUCACAAACACUUCUAAGGUUGCUGAGAGAUACUCCUUACGAAAGGUCUCAGCUUCAACCCGACACAUUGGAGAACAUUGUUUCUAAUCUUAUAUCUCAGAUAGAUGGCAAGGAGCAAACUGGAAAAGCGCGGGGAUUGCUUGCUGAAGUGAUACAAGUUAGUAUGAAUCAAAGUUUGAGACGUUUACACCAAAGGGCAACGGUAUGUACUCCAGUUGAUUUGUCUAUAGCCGGUGGUGCCUCUACGAUCUCUUCAACAUGAUACAGUUUGGUCUUUAAGAAUGAUUCCUUUGUUUCUCUUCUCUGAUAUCCUUUAAUCUUUCUUCCUGCAACCGUGUUCCCGUGUUGAGAUCAAUCUUUUGUGCUCGGAAAAUUAGAUAUACUGAGAUGAGUGACACGACUAGUAAAGAUUCAUAUAGCCCAACUCUAACCUGUUUGGGAUUGAGGCGUUGUAAAUUUUUUGGAGAGUUCUUAGAAUUUUUGUUUUUAGAGUUGGUUUUUGUAUGUUAGCAUCGGGAGUCCACGAGAUACAAUUGGAACGAGUUGAGAUGUCUAAAUGUGCAUUUUCAAAAUUGGAGUGUUUAAUUAUCAGGAAUAUAUCUUUGAAGGGAAUAGCUAUAGAGCAUCACAUUAGAGCUCUGAUUUCAUAGUUAUAUCACUUUGUAAUGGGUUUUUUUUUGGAUAUAUAUAUUUGAUGUUAUUACUCUA